UCUUACUGAGCAUUUCUAUUACAAUCCAAUGGGAUUGAGGUCUGGCGGGAGAAAGCUCUCUUUCGAUAUUCUCAGCAACAAUGGUUUAACCGAAGACGAAAUUCUCUUGUACAGAUCAAAUUCCGAUCCACUCCAUCAUAAUGACGGGGAUGGAGAUCGUAUUUCCCCUGGAGAUAACCCUAAUCGUCAGAAGAAGAAGAAAAAGAGUUCGAAGAAGAAGAAGAUUUCGCCUUCCAUAGAAGAAGAUCCGGUGAUCACCGACAAGGCUGUCGAUUCGGUUUUUGAUAAUCAGGAAUCUUUUUUCUAUGAGAAUAGUUCAUGUACUAAUGGAUUGGAUUCGAAUUUCCAGAGCUGUAGGAUCCAAACUGUUAUCUAUGAGGAGGUGACAGUCAAGGAAGACAAUGGCGCGACUGUUCGAACUGUGCAUCAGGUUUCAGAGCCUGAAUUUCCGAUAUUGCAUGGAGACCGUACUCCAUUUCCGGAACUGAGGCAGAGGAAUGUGAAUGGGGGUGGCGGAUGUGAGGAGUCGGUAUUGCAGACCGACGAGCCUGACAAGGCAGCGAGCAGUGCAGGAUUGAAUUCGUCAGCUCAAAAGCCUAACGGAAGUGUUAUUACCAAAUUAGAAACUGCACAAUCGCUGGACUGGAAGCAACUCAUGGCAGAAGAUCCGAGAGUACCAGAUAUCUCUUCUGUGGAAAAGUCACCAGUGAAAUAUUUCUUGGAAGUAAUGCAUAGUGGAAAUUCUCUACGAAGCACAACAGUUAUAGGUAAUGAGAAAGAACGGGAGAGAGUCUAUGAUACUAUCUUCCGCUUGCCAUGGAGAUGUGAACUGCUUAUUAAUGUUGGGUUCCUUGUCUGUUUCGACUCAUUUCUUUCAUUGCUAACGAUCAUGCCAGCUAGGGUCGUGAUGAGUUUCUGGAGGUUUCUCACUACCAGGCAGUUCAAGAGGCCAUGUGCAGCAGAGCUGUCUGAUUUUAGCUGUUUGAUUGUCUUGGCCUUUGGAGUCACCCUUUUACAGGAAACAGAUAUCAGCUUAAUAUAUCACAUGAUCCGUGGUCAAGGAGCCGUCAAACUCUACGUGGUAUAUAAUGUGUUAGAGAUAUUUGAUAAACUGUGUCAAAAUUUUGGUGUGGAGAUGCUGCAAACUCUGUUCAGUUCAGCAGAGGGGCUUGCCAAUUGUUCAUCAGAAAAUAGAAGAUUUUGGCUAUGGAGAUUCAUCUGGGACCAAACAUUGGCUAUUGUUACAUCUAUUGCCCAUUCGUUCAUCUUAUUGGCUCAGUCAAUCACUUUAUCCACAUGUAUUAUUGCUCACAACAAUGCCCUGCUGGCUUUGCUGGUAUCAAAUAAUUUUGCGGAGAUUAAAAGCAAUGUUUUCAAACGUUUUAGCAAGGACAACAUUCACAGUCUGGUAUACCAUGACUCAGUGGAGAGAUUCCACAUUUCAGCAUUUCUUUUAUUUGUGCUUGCUCAGAAUAUUCUGGAGGCUGAAGGUCCUUGGUUCGGAACUUUCAUUUUUAAUGCUCUGCUUGUUUAUGUAUGUGAAAUGAUUAUCGACAUCAUUAAGCAUUCAUUCAUUGCAAAAUUCAAUGAAAUAAAGCCCAUUGCAUUCUCUGAGUUUCUGGAACACCUUUGCAAACAGACUUUAAAUAUUGAAUCUGAGGAUGGGAAGAAAAACCUUACUUUUGUCCCCUUGGGACCAGCUUGUGUGGUUAUCCGGGUGCUUACUCCAGUAUAUGCAGCUCAUCUUCCCUAUGGUCCCCUCCCAUGGAGGCUGCUUUGUAUCUUCAUCUUGUCAGCCAUAACCUACAUCAUGUUAGCUAGCCUUAAGGUGAUGCUUGGCAUGGGCCUAAGAAAGCAUGCAAUUUGGUAUCUCAAUAGAUGCGAGAAGAGAAAACAUCACCUUGAUUGAUUAAGGAAGAGGAUGAUAAAUAUGGCUAGGCAUACAUAGGCUGUGUUUGGUAUGCAU